AUGGAUUCGGAACUCAAACAGAGAAGUCUUGCCCUGAAUAUUUUGGAGCCAUGUAUUCUUGUUGCAAUAACAAUGGUGUGCCUGAUUGGAAACAGCCUCACAUGCAUAGCCGUGUACAGAAAUGCAAGGCUCCGUACGUCCACAAACCUCUACCUGAUUUCCUUGGCUGUCAGUGAUAUCAUCCACGCUGCAAUCGUAAUGCCUUUGACUGCGGGUGUCCUCAUUGCAGGGGAAUUGCCUUACGGUGAAACAGUCUGCGAUUUAUUCGCGUUGUUCACCCAGUUUUCUGUUUACGUAUCGCCAACCACGAUGGGAUUGACGGCCUUCAACAGAUACGUCCGCAUCGUUAAGCCUCAACACUACUCACGAAUCUUCACUGAUGCUCGAUCAAAAAUAUAUGUCGCUGCAGUUUGGCUGACUAUCGUGGGGUACAUUUCGAUUCCCAAGAUGGCAGGCUUCACUGAAAAAAGCUUCUUUGCCGGACACGCCGUUUGCAUCUUUGUGCAAACCACUGUAGCUAUGAAGACAAUUCAUUAUAUUAUUGUCGUCUGUUUUUUUCUUCUUCUUCCACUCGUAGUUGCAUCAGUUUCUUACUACAAGGUCUUCAAAGAAAUAAAACAUCACAAUCUAAACAUGGCUUCAACAGCCCAAGCCGAAGGCAAUGAAAAUCGAUUGACAGUCAAAGAGAUCAAGAUUACCAAAUCGCUUGCCAUUGUUAUGUUCACCUUUAUAUUAUGUUGGGUCCCAUUUUGGAUCAUUGUGGUUAUAGAGCGCUUCAUUGCUGUCGUUCCGCGUAACAUCCAACUGCUCUGUCCCUUUUUAAUGGCCUUCUCGAGUACUAUAAACCCAUUUAUAUAUGCUGGCAUGAAUCCCUCCUUCCGCGCCGAGUUUCGUCGAAUUUUGCUCUGCAAAGUAAAGUCAUCACAAGUGUGUAAGGAGUUUCGUUGUCCAAAAGAUGUCGAGUUGAAGAAAAUAUCGGCGGGAAGCGCCCGUAGCGUGGAAAAUCAGGAAGAAUAG